AGAGAGUGUUAGUGGAGAAGGAAAAGAAGGGAGGGCACCGGGGAAGGAAGAAUUGAAAAGGAGGAUGAGAAAUACUUUAGAGGAAAAGUGAUUGAAAGAAGGAGACAAAGUACAAGCACUAGCAAGGAUUGGGGGCUGGGUGGGGUGGAGGUAUGGAGCAAAAAGAGAAAUGGACGAACAGACAGAUGGAGCAACAGGAGAGAUAAGACAGGUGAGUUAGAAACAUAGGAUAAAACUAGGAAAGGCAGAGGUUAAAAUGCAAAACGAGGGUUGGUGAAGGGCAGGCAAAGAGGAGUCAUUCACAUACAUACCGAGAAGGGGUGAUGAACGACCAGAGGAUGGAAAGAACGCAAGAGGGAAGGCAGAGUGGGGAUAAGGAGAACAGCUGGAGCGCGCGCAUGUGAGGGGGAAGGAGCGACCAGUGUGGUGCAGCCAGAUGUGUGGCUGCAGCCCCAGCUCCUGGGGAGACGGAGUGCUGGUUGCAGAAGGACUUCAGCUCCCCCUCUGGCCUCUCUCUCUGACUUGGCAAGCCCCGCUGGUAGCGUUUGCUCUCCGCUCUGUCCUAAGCCGCCGAGUGGCUGGACUUAGCAUCUCUAAGCCCCAGGUUCUGAAGCCAUCCCAGAGCCAGCCGGCAUCCUGCACCAGAAAGACUUCCUGCCUAGGGGAGAGAGAGAGAAGACCACCGCCCAGAGGGAGGGGCGCCCACCUCCCCACUAGACAAUGAUGGGGCAGGCUGAGAGGGGCCCCUUGUCCUGCGUUUGGCGUUGAAGACUCCGGAGACUCUAUUGCGGGGUGGGUGUCUACUACGAGUUUUGGCCAGGAUGAAAAGCAAAUAGAAAGGGGAAGGAAAGCUUCCAGAGAUGCUUUAAAUCAGCGGAUGCUCCAGGGGCUGAGGGGUGGAUGUGCUCCCUGUGUGUUUGCUCUGCAGGUCCCUGGGACUGCCGGUCCCCUCUCUGGUUGGAGUAUGGGAGCCGAAGCUCGGUGGAAGCUGCUGCGACUUCAUCCCAGGAACCAGCGGGGAUAAAGGGAUCUAGCCAGAGCUCGGAGCCCAUGGACUGUGGAUUUACAUAGUGAUUCCCUUUGAUGUUGAAUGCAGAAGCUUUCCCUCCCUCCCCCCCAUUCCCCUUUGGGAUGCAGUAGGUGAUGCCCAGUUCUACUGCAAUGGCAAUUGGAGCUCUCUCAAGUUCCCUCCUGGUAACAUGCUGUCUAAUGGUUGCCCUCUGUAGCCCGACCAUACCUCUGGAAAAACUGGCCAAGACUCAGGACAAACAGGAGAUUAAAACCAAUCAAGAGAAGAGAGACCACGCAGCCCGGGACACUCAGAGCCAGACAGGCCCAGGGAAAAUGAAUGAAAUCAGUAGGAAUGGGCGGGAGGAGGACAGCUCCAGGGAUGGGAAGAGCAAAGGAAGCCGGAAUUAUUCCAACAAAGAGUCUUGGAGCAAACAGAAACAGACUUGGAAUAGCCAAGGGUUGAGCAGUAAACCUGGGAAUUUGCAAGGCCAAGAGCCAGGGGAUAGUGUUCAAGAAGAAGCUCUGGCUGCAGAAGAUGCAUCUCUUCCUGAAGUCCUGGCUACCCCAGAACCCCCAGAGGAGUAUGCCUAUCCAGACUACCGAGGGAAGGGCUGUGUGGAUGAGAGUGGCUUUGUUUAUGCUAUUGGAGAGAAGUUUACACCUGGCCCUUCAGCCUGCCCUUGCCUUUGCACUGAGGAGGGACCUCUGUGCAUUCAGCCUGAGUGCCCAAGACUCCACCCUCGCUGCAUCCAUGUAGAUACCAGCCAGUGUUGUCCUCAGUGCAAAGAGAGGAAGAACUAUUGUGAGUUCCGGGGAAAGACCUAUCAAACUCUAGAAGAGUUCAUGGUCUCUCCCUGUGAAAAAUGCCACUGCGAAGCCAAUGGUGAGGUGCUUUGCACAGUGUCAGCCUGUCCUCAGACUGAAUGUGUGGACCCCGUGUACGAGCCAGAUCAGUGUUGUCCCAUCUGCAAAAAUGGCCCAAACUGUUUUGCAGAAACCACUGUCAUCCCUGCUGGAAGAGAGGUGAAGACAGAUGAGUGCACUAUAUGCCACUGUACUUAUGAAGAAGGCACUUGGAGAAUUGAACGGCAAGCAAUGUGCACUAGACACGAAUGCAAGAAAAUGUAGAGAAUUUACAAAUCCAAGUACUCUGAUGUCUUUUUUUAUUUUACAAAAAAAAAAUUCACUUCAGAUGAACCUCGGAAAUAUGAAUAAAAAUGAGAAGAUUUUUGAUGAGAAAUAAUGUAAAAACACUGGUAUUUUGGUUUCCUUAGGAACAUAAUUACUGCAGAUCAAAGAAAUGAAGAUAUUUAAAAGGAAAAAAAAACUUUUGACAUAAAAUUCCUGUCUAAAUAAAUGUGCUAUUUUCACAGUGAGUACACUAAAAGUACACUAUUAAAUAUUAAUGUAUUUCUAUAAUCCCAUUAGAGCUUAUAUUAAAUGUUUUCUAUAGAUACAGAUUAAAAAGCAGUAUUGUUAACUGUCCCUACUGUGCAUCCACAUACAUAUUUGAUCAAAUGGGCACUUUUAUUACUGAUAACACUCCAACAUAUGUGGUGAUUGGGGAGUCACAAAAUGACAAGUUAGCAGGACUUUGAAUUAUUCAGCUAGAAAUCUAUUCUAACAGAAACAAUCACAUUCUUUCUUUUAACAUUCACAUUUCUAAUAUUUAUCAUCGAGAGCAAUCUUCAAUCAUAUUCAUGAAACAUUUCCUUCUUACGAUAUUUUGCUGAUUUUAACAUUUUCUUUUUCUUUUGGGAAACUGAGGUACAGAAAUUACAAAAUGCUCUUCAAUUUCAGGAUAUCUGAGAAACCUUCAUAGUCUCAAAGCUCUUAAAGGGACUUUAGUCUUAAUCUUGAGGAUACAAUAUAUUUUCAAGCAUACCUAGAUUUUCUAUCAACUUAAAAGCAUCAACCAAGAUGGUGAGGGUGGGGAAGGGUGGAAUUCUUUUAUUAUUGUUUUAUAAUGCUACGACAUGGAGAACAACAAGGGGAAAAUCAAUAGUCUUUAAUUCAAUGCCACAAACAUUUAUUAAGCACCUACUCUAUGCUAGGCCCUAUGGUAGGUGCAGGUAAUAUAAAACAAAACUUAAACUGUCCUUGCCUUUAAUGACCAUACAUUAUUUUAUUACUUAAAUCACAUAUAUGAAUAUAAAAAUGAAUUCAUAUUAUUGAAUAAAAGAAAAAUAAUAGCCCUCCAAGGUUUAGAGUUUAGCAGGCCUAACAUGUUUCAUUGUAGAUAUUAAAAAUAAGGGAAAUUGGAGCAUAUCUUCCCAAAAAAAUACCACAAACUGACAUUAUGGCAUACGUAUUAAUCUUGCCCAUCAACAACCACUAUGUAGCUGUUCUACUGUUCUUUAUCCCAAUUAUGCUAAAUUCAAUAAAAAACAGAUGUAAAACAAGUAUACAUUAAAACUUAAAGUUUCAGUUCUAAAUCACCUUCAUAAUACUCCUGGGGAAGAAAAGAGACAAUAUAACCAAUUCAUCCCAAAGCAAGAAGCAUGUAUUAAGUGCCUCCUGUGUUUAAGGCACUAUGGUAAGUACAAGGUUAUAAGGGAGGAAGGUGGCCCCUGCUCUUGAGAAGUUUACAGUCCCCAGAAACACAUGGGAAGUGACUUCAUACAUUACAGUAGAGCAUUCCAUACCUAUGUAGACCUAUGUCCACCAGGCUGAGGGUUGGGAAUAGGUGACCUCUGAGAUGUUUGCCAACAGGAUGAUUCACUAAGAUUUGGAAUGUGGUUGCAAAGGAUAUCGUGGCCCUAGGACAGAAACUCUCAGAUUGGAGCUAGUUUUCAUGGCUCCAUAUUCUUGAAGGCGAUGUAUUUGCUGCAACAGAAACUCUCCUGGUGAAGUUUAAAAUGGGAUUGAAGUUGAUUUGUGGUCAGACAGUAUUAAAAUGUAAACCAAGUUGAUGCUCACAUCUGAAUCUUCCAGGGGUUAAUUCCAAGAGAUGAAAUGGAAGAGAUCUUAUAGAAGCAGAGAAGAGCCUUCCCUUUUUCCUCUAGAAUUUAUGUACACAUCUUCUCUCUUUCCUCCCCUUUAGUAUCCUCAAGCUGCAGAACUCAUUUUCCUAAUUAAUCAGGAGUUAUGUGUAAACCAGAAUUGAAGUGAGGGCUUGGAUUAAUGUUUGAGAAUACUUGCCUUAAUGUAAAAUAGUAUUGUUUGCUUUUGUAUAGCUGAAGCUUCCGUUAUUUUUUUUUGAUGGUUAAUUCUUGAUAUUGGCUUGAAUAUUUCUAUAAAAAUAAAUACUAUACACAUGCAAACAUAGGCAGCAUACACGCAUAUCAGUCAUGAUUUUCUUUUUUAAAAAAAGGUUUAGUUGUUUAUUCGACAAUGAGAUCUAUUCUUUUCUCCAAAUGUAUUACACUCAUCAAGAACAUUCAGAAACUCAAAAGUUAAAUUUGGUUCUUUUCUUGGAUUUGAAGCUAUCUGCCUCCAUUAACUGACUUAGUCAAGCUCUUGAUCAUGGCUGCGGUAUAGGAUUUCUAGAAUUAAAAGAAAAAUUCUGACUUCUUGAGGAGUUCCUCAAAUCUCAAGAAAAAAAUAACUUCUAAAAGCUCUAGUAUUUGAAUAUUUUAAAAAUCUUAUAUUCCAAAUAGCUUAUAAAUGAGUGUCUUUCUAAUAAUGUUUAAAGUUAUAUUCAAUGAAUUCCUUUUAUUUUGACCUAAAAGAAAAGACCUGAAGACUCUAAACAUUUUUUUUCCAAAUGAUUAAUAACCUUCAUGGUCAAUAUUCAACAUGAAUGUCUAAGUUGGGUGAAAAUUUGCAAAUUUUGAAAUUUGACUUAUUCAUGAGGAAGGGAGCGCUUCCAGUGAUGACAUUAAAAUUCUCAUCAGAGUUUACAUCUUCAUUUCUGAGAAAUCUUGAAAAGAGUGAUAUUUUGCUUUUUUGUCAUCAAUUUGAAAAACAUUUUAAGUAAUUACUCUGUCUAUGACACUGUGUCACUUUAUAUAAAAUUUAAAAAGGCAUUCCUUAAAGACUGUACCAUUAUAAACAUAUUGUAUAGACCCAGUACUGUGUAGAUGGAAUACAUUCUCCUCCUUACAUUUCCAAGGACAAGGAGUUCCUUAAGUCAGCAUUUCAUACUGAGUUCUGAAUCACCUGAGAAUUUCUAAUCUCUACAAGUCAUGGUCAUUUUUUAUAUAAUAUUGAAACUAGUAAAUUCACUCAAAAAUCCCAUCAAAUUUGAGGGUUGAUGUGUAGACUAGACAGCUAUCAAAAUAAACUUUUCCCUUUUUAAUCAGUUGUUUUAACAUUAUGCAGACAUAGUCAAAGUCUAAUGUUAAUUGACCCAAAUUCCAAUAUCAUUACUUCUGCUACAUUUGAUUGAAAUAAGAGCCUGGAUAAAAUUAAUCUAGUCUUAGCUCAGUUUGGGUAUAUUGAAAUGAUGCAUAUUGGUAGGGGAAGCAUCUGAGUGAUUUGACAGAUGCAACCUGUAUACCUCUAAUAAAUGAUGUGUGUUCCUUUUACUAACAUCAUGGAGUUAUAAAAUAUGAGAGUUAGAAGGAACUAUAUAAAUCAUCACGUUUUACCUCUGAGGAAACAGUCUCACAGAAGAAAAAUGGUUUUUCUAAGGUCAUGUGUUGGUGGCAGGGCUGAAAUAAAAAUGAGAAGGAUUUG